CCGUCGUCGAGUGCGGUUGGUUUUGAUUCCCUUUGGCUGCUCGCUGUUCGUUGUUCGCUUCGGUUGCUGUCGCGACGUUUCAGUUGGCGCGUAUUUGAAUAGCAUUGUUGCCCAGUGCAAUUAAUUGAAAUUAACUUAAAAGCCGAAAAUAAAAAGAAAGCAAUAGAGAACAGAAAUUGGGAUUGACUGCAAUGGUGAGAGGCAGUUUAAGUGGCGGGCGCUGGGCGCCGGCUAAUUGAUGGCAGGACCGCAGCCAGACAAAUCAGACAGUGCUAAUCGUGAAUUUGAACAAGACGCAACUGCUAAGCGAUGCCAGCCAAGGUACGCUCGCCAGUCGACUACGACUCGCAGGAUGAGGCCAACGCUGAGCUGCUGGAGAAGCUUAAGCAUUUGGAUCGUCGCGCCGAGGCCGUCGAGAGCGGCAAUGGCAUUUGCAGUCGCAGCUCCGCCUGCUGGCAAUCGCUCAAAUUGAAAUCAGCUCUAAAUCAUAUCGGACUGCUCGUCUCCCUGUCCAUCUACUGUGGCGUGGGCGGAUUGAUCUUUCGCCAUCUGGAGCGGCCCGCGGAGGUGGCGCGCCUCACCCAGCUGAAGGACGUGGUCAAGACGCAGCGGGAGCGCUUCAUGAGCACCAUAUUGAACAACACCGAAGUGAACAAUCUCAAUGAGCUGCUCUCCUUUGAACUGGCCAAAUAUGAAGCGGCCGUACAACAGGCGGCAGAGGGCGGGCUGCUUAUCGUAGCCGAUAAAGACUUUCCAGAGCCCUAUGAGCGCUGGAGCAUACUGCAAGCUGUGUUCUUCUCAUCAACUGUGUUAACCACUAUAGGCUAUGGUAAUAUAGUGCCCGUAACGACGAGCGGUCGUGUCUUUUGCAUUUGUUUCGCACUCAUCGGAAUACCCUUCACGCUGACCGUCAUCGCCGACUGGGGUCGACUCUUUGCCAGCGCUGUGUCCGUCUUUGGCAAGCACAUGCCAACGAAACCAAAGUUCACAAACUUCAUCGGCAAGACCUGGUUCUAUGCCAUUCUGGCAGUUGGAUUUCUGGGUGUUUAUCUGGCAGCUGGCGCCGGGCUCUUGCUGCUCUGGGAGGACGACUGGACGUUCUUCGAUGGCUUCUACUUUUGCUUCAUUACAAUGACAACGAUAGGAUUCGGUGAUCUGGUGCCCAAGAAACCAAACUAUAUGCUGCUGUGCACACUCUAUAUACUGAUUGGAUUGGCGCUCACCUCGACCAUCAUUGAGCUGGUGCGUCGCCAGUAUGCGACCAGCUGGGCCAAGCUGCAGGAGCUAUCGGGUCCAAUGGCGGAGACACUGCGACGCCUGGGCGAAACGGCGGGCACGGGCCUGGACUACACCACUUUGCAAAAAGUUUUAACUCAGGUCUCCAUGCCCAAGUGGAAUAGCAACAAGAAGAGCGAGCACAAUUCGGACAUCGCUGCACUGGAGGCCAUCACGAAUGCCAUACUGAAGGAGGUGAAGGAGGCGCAGAACAGCAAGCCGAAGGUGCUGCAAAUCGUCAUCUACGAGUCGUCCGUCUAAGCGCAUCAUCAACAUCGAUAACACCUAGUACUAUAGCAUACUUUUAGACCUAGGCACAUCACAACCCAAGAAAUAUCAUAUGUUAGAGAGAGAGAUCUUUGUAUUUAGUUAGGCUUUGCAUAAUGUUUCUAUAUAGUUGUUGUUAUGCUUCCAUUUACUGUUCAUGUAUCUGUGUGUGUGUGUGUGUAAGUGAGUGAGCUUGUAUGUGUACGACUGUGCGUGUGUGUAUGUGUGUUUAGUUGUAUCUCUAUCAAUGGGCAGCAAUCAGUGAGCUCUGUGACCCUGUGGUCCAGUGAUGUCCAGCCAACGACUUCCAUAAGCUAAUUUCUUAAUCUAAUUAAUUGUAAAUGUCUGGGCAAUAAUAUUGCUCAUACGCACUGUGGUCACAUCUAUAAACGAGGGCCGAUCAAUAAGUAGUUAUGAUAAUGUCAGGCGAAACUUCCGAUGGUAGCUAAAAAUAUACUUCAUUGCUUCCCUAGAGAAUUGUGAAAUUUGCAAUAGAUUUUAUAGACUUGUAAACUGGGUACUUAGGGAAUAUAUAUCUGCUUAAUCAAAAUGAGCUGAGCGUCAUCUGUUCGCUUUAACAAGAAAAACCUCAUACUAUCUGGUCUGUCCCCAUCUUGGUCGCUCAGGAGCUAUCUCUCUCAUAAGCCCUAAAGAUGGAACCCUUACAUAUGCUCAUAGCUGGACACUGCCAUCUGCGUUCCUGUGUCAAGGUCGAUUGCGAUUGCUCUUCUAGUUUUCUUAUUAUCGAUAAAAAUCGAUAGUUUCACAGGGUUCCUUAUGCUUAAAUCAGGGACCAUAAAGAAGCAAAGCACAAUGUAUUAUAUGAAUUUUGCUUAUUUUGGAUAGCUUAAAUGAUUAUCGAAAAUAUUGAACACUACACAAUUAGACAUAUUUAUGUCAGGCUAUUUUCUAGCCAGACAAGCCCAACUAAAUUACUUUUUCACUAUUUCAUAUAAAUUCAACUAGCUCACAUAUCAUGUGACUUUUUUAUUGACUAUUACUGUUGAUCGACAUACAUAAAUAUAACUCGAAUUGCAAGCAUAGGGUCAUCAGAAUAGAGCGCUUUCUAGUCUCGGUAAAUGACAACUUAUUGAUCGCGCCUCGCUUUUACUUAUUAUGGCAAAAAGUGAUGGAAUAUCUAUAUAUAGAUAUAUACAUAUACAUAUAUAAAUAAUUUUUUUUUUUUUUUUAGCUUUAGG